AGCCUAGGGAGGGCACAGCAGUGGCCUGUCUGUCAGACAUUCUUGGAGAGCCUGCCCUUUCAAGCAUGAGCCAUACCACCUGGCUCCUCAACUCCCAGUGUGCUCUUAGCUCUGUCUGCCUGGUGUAGGGUCCUGGAGACCUUCUUGGAGUUCAUCCAGCAACCACCAUGCAAGGUGGUGCUGGGGACCAUCCUCUUGCUAGGAGGCGGAGGCCUCAUGCUGUGGGAUCAGAGGAAGAGAAGUAAGAUAACCCCAGAGACUGCACAAGAUGAGUCACGGGAAUCCCACAAAACAAAGGAAAGCUGGAUCAAAUCUCACUUUAGCUGCCUGUCUGAGGAGAAACUGGCCCCUGACAACCAUGCCUGCACCAGCAGCGCUAUCCAGCCUGAGAGUGGGAGUGGGAAGGCCAGCACCCCGAUCCGCAUGGAGACCGUCACCUCCAGGCCUGGGGAAAGGAGGACAGCUCUGCACCAGGAAUCUGUCACCAGCAGUCAGAAGAUGUCUGGGUCCACAGUGACCAAGGAGACCCACAAGGAGUCAGGAAAGCCCUCUUCCACGGAUGAGACUACACGGGCUGCUGUGGCUGCUUGGGUCAAGGAGAUUGACACCAAGGGGCAGUGUGUGGCUAACUCCAUGCUGCAGCGAGCCACAGCUUACCAGCACUCAGGCCACUUGGAGUCCAGGGAUAUCAACCCGGAGGAGCUGAAGGCCCUCGAAGAGGUGGAAAUGAAGUUGAAAAGGAGUUUCCUCACCCAGCGGGAAACCACCAUGGCUGGUGCCAACCACACAAGCACUUUCUAUGGCCAUCAGAGCCAUCAGGGUUAUCCAGGCCACCCAAGCCACCACAGCCAUAGCCUGCCCAACCGCAGCAACCAGAUGUAUAAUUCUUGAAGCUGCCCAAGCACAUGCCCCUUCCCCCAGCAAGGCUGGCCCAUACAAACAGGCCUGUUUUCUCUUCUACAGGGAAACUUCUUGGCCCAGGGUGAGAUGCUGUCACCAAAAUCCUUUCUUCCUUGGCCCCUUCCCCAGGGGUUAUGAGUGGGCUCUUCCAUAGAAGAUGGACCCUGGUAGAGGAAGAGCUGAAGGGAAGCAAGGCAGCUGUGACAGACCCUGAGACCCCUGAAGACAUACUGAGAGGAGACAGAUGAGGCAGACCCCAGGAGCAGCCAAGAGCCCCAAACUGAUGCCAAAUGCUUGGAACGGAGCCAAUAAAGCCUUGUAUCCCCUCA